ACCUUUUCUCUUUAGACAUGACAAUUUAGCUUCUGUUAUCUAUAUCAUAGUAAAAUUCGUGUGAUUGCUAAUUAAUGGGAUAGAUAAGUAGGUACUGUAGUUUAAUGUGUGUCGUAAAGUAAUUUUGGCAACGAUUGUCAAUUCAUAACUAAUAACUGAGUGCUGAAAGUUUUAUUGUUUCGAGUGGAAUAUAUACGUUCCAUACAAAUGUGAAUUGGGCCGCAAUGGAGGAUUACAAAUUUCUAUUUAAAGUGGUGUUAGUUGGGAACGCGGGCGUGGGUAAGACAUGUCUGGUAAGGCGUUUUACUCAAGGCCUUUUCCCACCUGGGCAAGGUGCAACAAUAGGUGUGGAUUUCAUGAUUAAAACCGUAGAAGUUGACGGCGAGAAAGUAAAGUUACAAAUAUGGGAUACUGCUGGUCAAGAACGAUUCAGAUCAAUCACACAAAGUUACUACAGAUCAGCUCAUGCUCUUAUUUUGGUGUAUGACAUAUCUUGCCAGCCUACUUUUGAUUGCCUACCAGAUUGGUUAAGAGAGAUUGAGGAAUAUGCAAAUAAUAAAGUUCUUAGGAUAUUAGUUGGUAACAAAACUGACAGGGAGGACAGGGAAAUACCACGGCACAUCGGUGAAGAUUUUGCCCAAAGACAUGGAAUGUAUUUUCUUGAGACUUCAGCAAAAGAAGCAGAAAAUGUUGAAAGAUUGUUUAUGGAAAUAGCUGUUGAACUUAUGGAGCAAGCAAAAUGCAAAGAACUUCCUAAAUAUGAUGGUAGCUUAGGGCCCAUCAAUGGAAAAACUACAUCUGUUGGAGAUAGCUCCUGUUGUCUUCGAUCAUAAACUAACGAAUUUAUCUCAUCGGCAUUAUUAGAGGUAUAAAUGGGUAUUUUUAUAGAGGAUCAUUAACGUAACUGGUUCAUGGUACCUACAGGUUCAGUUUGAAUACAGGGACGGAAGAUUAAAUAGAUUAAGAAUUCCAAAGGG